UUAAACCCACUGCGCCUUCCAUCUCCUACCCUCACUUGGAAACCCUAGCCGCCCCCUCCAUGCCUUCGCAGCUUCGCUUCCUUGCCUCCCUCUUCCGCCGUGGCUUGCCCUCUGAUGCCCUGCUGACCUACCCAUGAAUCAUCGUCGUGCACAGCCAAAAGAGUCAAGAGCCAAAUUUAUCCUUCCUUCCCUGACGUACCCAUGAAUCAUCGCCGUGCACAGCCAAAAGAGGGAUAAAUUUGGCGAUGGUUCAUGAGUACUUCAACAGGGAAGGAAGGAUAAAUUUGGCUCUUGAUCUUUUUAAGGAGGAGUUGAAGGAGAGGAUUGGCUGUGAACCAAAUGUGGUUACUUGUAUAAUACAAUGAUCUAUGGUUUCUUGAAGCUUAAUUUUUUUCUUGAAGGGUUACUUCUGAUUGAAGGUUGAGCACCCAGAUGCCUCUUUUUUGUGCUAUCGGUGGACAGUCAGGGACAUGACCACUGUUACUUCAAAAAAAUCUAACUGGGCACGGGCACUAGCAUAGUCUUCAAUUCCUAAUGCAGGCUACUCAAACAGCAUUGUUUUUAAGCCAGCUUGUAAUAUAGGAUUCUGAAAUGAUAGAAUAUUUAAUUUACAUUUCGUAAUAUACACUCUAGAACAUGGUGCUUUUCAAUCACCCUUAACUAGUUGUCAUGGUUGCUAAAUCAAGUUGCCUAUGAACGGCAACUUGAUGAUAAUUUUGAGUAAAAUUCUCUUCUUUGAGGGUGGGUUAAUAUCUAUAAAAGCCAGAUAAUAUUUCAAAUGUUUUCCUAAUUCAUUUGGUGUGGAUAAUGAUGUCUUUUAAACUGAUAUCAUGGCAUCUUUGCGUAUGCUUGAUUCUGCCGACUCAAGGCACCUGAUGAAGAGUGUUGAGGAGUAUCUAAGGCAUCUUAUAGGCAACCAUUGCACUGGAGACAGUAAUGAGAUGGCUUUGUUGCCCGAAGGCAUUACUGACUUGCUGCAUCAUGAAAUGCUAUCUGUGAGACUGUGCCAUUGGUUGAACUUUCAGAAACCGUCCAGAUUGUGGCUUGACUUUCCAGAUCUAAGCAUAAGUAGUUGCAUAAGGAAUUUAAUGCCUGGAGCUUUGAUUCGGAAUUCUCUGCUUUUCCCCCGUUAAAUUGCUUGUUCUUUCCUUUUUUGGUUUUUUUU